AUGAGCUUUUUCGUGGCGAAGACGGAGCAGCUGGCCUCCGAGGUCCGCCUGGCUGCCGCGAUUUCCGAAUUCGAGGCGAGCUUGGAUCCCGAGCGAAAAGCCGCGCUCCGCAACCACCGGUCGAAGUACUGCGAGUCGCUCCCGAGCAUUCAGGAUGUCAUGCAAAUCACGGCCGAGUUCAACCAGAUAUCGAAUUCCCAGAAACCUGGCUCUCGAUGUUGGGGAACUCGGUUGACCAACUUCCUCGAGGCGGUUCAGCAAUAUGCCGCGGUCGGAGAUGUUAUAGUCGGAGGAUCUCAGAACAUCAUCGCUUGCGGUGUAUGGUCACUAGUGCGAUUGACACUUAUUUCCGUUGUGGCUACGUCGUCUCGGAUCGGUGAAGUGACAGCCUUCUUUAUGCAAGUCGGUUUGUCUGCGCCGCGCUAUGACCGCCUUGCUCUGCUCUUCCCACAGUCGAAACGGCUAGUAUCCUGUAUGUCGGAGUACUACAUCGUAGUAGUCCGGUUUUGUCACCAGCUAGCAAUGAUGCAGAAAAAGUCGGCCAUACAGCAGCUUGUAUCGUUCACGGACGACCUCAGCCUCAAAGCCAUUCGAAAGGACCUGGACACCUGGGCUGCUUCAAUAAAGGAAGAGAUCGAAACGUUAAAGACGGAAGAGCAGACAUCCCACCUCAGGCAGCUUAUGAGAUCGUCAGAUUCGGAAUCACAUCGCCGGAAGCUGAAGACGAACCUCCGCGUCCUCAGUAUGUGCUCGAGUUACGAUUACAAAGCCUCAUGGAAGAAACUGCGGAAGGUUGGCGCGAGCACAUUGUUUCGACAGUCGCCGCAGUACUUUGACUGGCUGCAACAGAAAGGCCCUCCCACGCUCCUUUGCAGGGGACGCCUUGGGUCUGGCAAAUCCGUUUGUCUCGCCAGCAUAGUUGAUGAUCUUAACCUUGUUCAGCGUGACGACGGAAUCCCAGUGGCCUUUUUUUUCUGCCGUCACGACAUCAACGAGAGCUUGCAAAUGCACACAGUCAUUGCAUCGCUGGCGUAUCAGCUAUUGCGCGGAUUCUCCGACCUGAGCAGCUGCCUGGAAAUCGUCGACAGUACGGCCCAGGGCUUGGAGUUGUCCGACAUCAUGAAAAUGCUCCUGCAUGCUAAACCGCGCGACUUCGUGGCACGCUUCGUCUUGGACGGCCUGGACGAAUGCGACGAGCCCAAGAGGCGCGACAUACUGGAUCUGCUAUCCUUUCUUCAAAGCAAGUUCACACUGCUCGUUUGCGUUUCAUUACGGGAAGGGUCAGAAAACCUCUCUUUGAAAGGCUCCAACAUUUUCAACAACAGCAGCGUUUUCGUGAUUCCCGAGACGAACCCGGACAUCUGCUCCUUUAUUGAGUCAGAACUCGCGAGGCGCCUAGAGUGUAGAUUGCUGACCAUCGGGAGGCCCGAAUUGAUUCUCGAAAUACAGAGUGUGCUCUCUACCAAAGCCAAAGGAAUGUUCCUUUGGGUGGCCCUUCAAAUCGACUCUCUGUGCGCCGCCAGAACAGAUGAAGCGAUCCGCCAAGCCCUGGCCGACUUGCCCGGCGACUUGCCCGAAACUUACUUGCGAAUCCUCAACAAGUCUGCAUCCGCCGCCCCCGAGUACCAGAAGCUGAUUCUUGAACUCAUUUUGGCCGCUCGAAGACCAAUGACAGGCGAUGAAUUUCGCGAAGCAUUGAGUGUCAAGCCGGGCGACGCGACGUGGCAUCUGGAGCAUGUCAUCAACGAUGUGAACUCGGUCCUUGCCUGCUGUGGGAGUCUAGUAUCUGUCGACGAGGAGACGUCAACGGUGGAGCUGAUACAUGGUAGCGUCAAACAGUUCCUCAACGGCGACUUCGCUAAAUGGGACGACCGAUACGUUAAGCUGGGCCCGGAUGCGGAAACAACAAUGGCGGACAUCGUCAUCACCUACCUCAACUACGGCGUUUUCGAAUCUCAGAUAUCUACAGCUGUGGUCCCGACCGUAGAAUCUGCAGAGAUGCCAUCCAAGAUCAUCCGGUCCAUAGAUUCCGCAGUGAUGGUUCGAAACGUUGCACUGCGGCUCCUCAGGAACAAGAAUCGACCGAAGCCGAGCUAUGACAUGGGUAAAAUGCUGCACGACCUCAAAGGAGAAGUUGCUCAUGAGAACCCGUUCAGUUUCUACGAUUACGCCAAGACAUUCUGGGCGCGACACAUCUGGAGAACCUCACUCGGGAACGAUGCAGUACAGUCGCUCCAAGUCAAACUGCUGAGGCGAGAAGUCGCGUCAAUGAAAACAGGGGACGAGCGGGUCCAAAAGUUGUUUCUGCUCGCGGCCAGCAGAGACUAUCACAUGGAUGAUAUCUUCCAGGCCCUCAUCGACAUCGGAGCCCAGACUGAAGCUACAACUGCAGACGGCCACACGCCACUCACUUUGGCCGCUGCUCGAGGCAGCAUGGGGACUCUCAAAAGACUCCUCGAAAUGGGCGUCGACGUUGAUACAAAGAGCGAGGCGGGCCUUACGGCACUAUCAUGGGCAUCAAAGAACGGUUUCUUUCUCGCUGUUGAGCUUCUACUCCAGCACCAUGCAAAAGUAGACACGGCAUGCAGGCUCGGACGGGAGCCGUUGGCGUGGGCUGCGAGUAACCAAGCCGAUCCACAGGUCAUCCCCGGACGAGGAGGAGAACAUGCAAAGGUCAUCAGGCUCCUGAUAGACAGUGGAGCAGAAGUCGACGCAAAGUGCACCGUGGGAAACACAGCGCUGAAUCUGGCUGCGCUCCAGGGGGACGCAUCGGUCGCUCGCGUGUUGGUCGAGAAGGGUGCAGAUUGGACAUCUACGAACCGCGCUGGCAUGUCGGCCCUCCUCAACACAGUCACCCGGAGAAACGUGGGUGUUUUGCGCGUGUUCAUUGAAAGGGCUGAACCCGCGUUCUUUGACAUAUGGGGUCAGCGGCUACUCCUCAGCGCAUCUGAGAAUGGCUGGAGGGAGGCUGCCGACAUGCUGGUCAAUGCAGGCAUCCAAGUCAAGACCUAG